AUGGAAUCGAUAUGGUACAGAAGAAAUCAAAUAAAAUUCAACGAUAACACUACAAUAAUAACAGAGAACCAAAUAAUUCAUAAAAUCAAAAAAGCGAGAGAUGCCGAAUGGGAUAGAACAAGAAAGAUAGUAGAAAAGCAACUACGUCAAGAACUAAAAUGCACUGAUAACCGAGAGUCAAUCAAUCGGACCGCAUCAAUAAAAAGAAGACUCGAAAAAUUCAGCCACAACUGGAACUCGAAACUCAUGACCAUAAACAUCCCGGAACACUUCAUACCAUACUGCUCAUAUAACACCAACUACUCAUAA